CGCGCUGCGGAGUAUCUGCCGCUCGGCCCUGCAGCCCGGGCUGGGCAUCCCGCGCCCGGCCAUGACGGCGCACUCCUUCGCCCUCCCGGUCAUCAUCUUCACCACGUUCUGGGGCCUCAUCGGCAUCGCCGGGCCCUGGUUCGUGCCGAAAGGACCCAACCGCGGAGUCAUCAUCACCAUGCUGGUGGCCACCGCCGUCUGCUGUUACCUCUUCUGGCUCAUUGCCAUCCUGGCUCAGCUGAACCCCCUGUUCGGGCCACAGCUGAAAAACGAGACCAUCUGGUACGUGCGCUUCCUGUGGGAGUGACGGCUGCGCAUCUUCCCCAGGUGCCCCAGCUCUCUGGAUGACCUUGGCUCCACUGUCCCUGACAACCCCUUCGUCCCUGCCCCCACAGCUGUGUCCUGGUCCCUCUGUGCUCCCUC